AUGGCACUCUUUGUCCUGGUCGCGCUGUCCAUCUCUCGCCUCGCCUCCUCCCUUCGCCCCAGCCUCGGCGUCUGCAGGGCCAGCGGCUACCUUCCAGGGAAAGCCGGUCAUUUCGAGAAGAGCAAUGGCCCGGACUGCUGUGAGGACGGCAAGAGGUACCCGCAGUACCACUGCUCGCCACCCGUGACAUCGAGCACCAAAGCCGUGCUGAUGCUCAACAGCUUUGAGAAAGGUAAGGACGGUGGCGGCCCGUCAGAAUGUGACAACUCCUUCCACAGCGACAAGGAACUCGUCGUCGCGCUCUCCACCGGUUGGUUCAAAAACAUGGCGCGCUGUGGCCACCGCAUCAAAAUCACGUCCAACGGCAACUCUGUGUAUGCCAAGGUGGUAGAUGAGUGUGACUCUGUGUACGGUUGUGACGAGGACCACAAGUAUGAGCUGCCGUGCGCCAACAACAUCGUGGACGCCUCACCAGCAGUGUGGAACGCCUUGGGGCUCGACCAGAAUGUGGGCAUGGAGGAUAUCACCUGGUCAGAAGAGUAAACAGCAGAACUGCAUAGCAGGUAUCCAAGAGCAGUCAGUACAGAGAUAUAUGGCAUGUUCAGAUUUGUUAAUAGGAAGAAUGAUUGCCCCUGUAAAUAUGAUGUCUCUUUAUAUAGACUUAAACUUU